CCGUGAGACUUGUUUGAGUCGAGUCGCUAGUCGAGUGGAGUAGAAUCUUAUCGCGAUCGCGUUCAACUACCAUCAGUUUGCGCAAAAAUCUUACCCAUUGUCACUUGAUGGAUUGGGUUUUCGAUGCCAUAUUUUCCCUGAGCCUCUUCUAUCUAGAUCGAGAUGUUGCAUAUUGUCUAGAAUGUCUCCUUUGUUUUAAAUAUUGUUCCAACGAAGUUGAUGCUAGUCUAGUCUACUACAUUUGAAGUUAGCGCGUUCGCUGAUCCUCGGUAUAUCAUAAUUGAUAACUCCAGCAUAUAUAUAAAACGUAACAUCUGCAUCGAUUGAUAAUUUUAGAGGAGCAGCGAAUCAAUAUUAAGUACACGUCGAAUUGCUUGGGAAAUACAAUCUUGACUGGCAUCGAUUUGGAAUAAAUGACAGACAUUUCUCUGGCACUUUGCAGUAGGAUUUUCAAGACUGAUAGUGAUACUUCAUUUUUAGAUCGCCAGAGUACUCUCCAAUAAUGUCUCAAAGUGAUAUAGGGGACUGGUAUCGCGGAAUUCCGCAAAUAACUCGUUAUUGGUUCACUGGUUCUAUUGUAGUCCCACUCAUAGCCCGAUUUGGGCUGGUUAGCAUGAAAUUAUUAAUCCUGAGCUUUGAACUGGUUUUCUACAGAUUUCAAAUAUGGAGGCCAAUAACAGCAGUUUUCUUCUUUCCAAUCACUCCAAUGACUGGAUUUCACUACCUAAUUCAGCUUUACUUUUUAUACAGCUACUCAACAAGAUUAGAAUCAGGCAUUUUUGAUGGCCGACCAGCAGACUAUGUUUUCAUGUUAAUAUUCAACUGGAUUUGCCUUGUUAUCAUUGGGUUUAUAGCACCUUUAUUGAUGCUAAUGGAGCCGAUGAUUCUUAGCGUCCUCUAUGUGUGGUGUCAGCUCAACCGUGAUUCGAUAGUUUCAUUCUGGUUUGGUACUAGAUUCAAGGCUAUGUAUCUUCCCUGGGUUCUUGUUGCUUUCAAUUGGAUCCUCAGAGGAGGUGGACUAGCUGAGCUGAUUGGUAUUGUGGUUGGUCAUCUUUACUUCUUUCUCAUGUUCAAGUAUCCUCAAGACUUUGGUGGAACCGCUUUUCUCUCUACUCCUCAAAUCUUAUACAAAUAUUUUCCAAACCGUCGUGGAGGAGUAAGUGGAUUCGGCCAGGCACCAGCUUUCAGGAGAGAUCGACCUGAUGACAGAGGACAAGGACAGGGACGUCAUAACUGGGGCCAGGGCCAUGUCUUAGGGGGUGGCAACUAAAGUACUUUCAUUGUAAUUGUAAUGUGAAUGCUUUCAAAAUAUUUUGCCUCAAGAUAAUGUUGAUUAAUAAUAACGAAAGUUUGGUAUGAAACAGGUUAAAGAUAGUCUUUAUCUGAUUUCUCAGAAUCUGAUCCAUGGGAGAGUUUGUUUCAUCAACAUGUGUUGUCUGAGGAGGCAACUUUCUUUGGUAUUUAUUGGCUGUGAAGCACAUGUGUCUGAUUAUUACCAUGGUAACUGUCUGAUAAGACAGACCUUUGUUCAGUUUAAACAUCUAACACAUCCUUUCAUGAAAUGUUCUACCGACUUUUUAAUAAAAUGAUAGAAAUGAUCACAUGUCAUGAUCGAGGCUACAGUUUGGGUGCUCAAAUGAUUUGUUUGCUGUUCCAGGUAAACUUCACUUUGAUAUCUUAUUGACAGAAAUGUCAUACUCAAGUGACUUAAAUGAAAGUUUUGCACAAAAUUCUAAUAUUUAUUUCUUUGAUACUUUAGGUAUUUCUGAAUCAACUAUGUUUGAAUAAAUAUGACCUAUGUUUGACGUUUAUAUGUGUAGUAAUUUCAUUUCAGGUGAAAACUAGUUGAAUUUUCAAUGUGCCAACUUUCCCACUACUGGAGCUUAGUUACCAUACAUUAUUAGAUUAAUAAAUUAAUGUUUUUUUGUGAAAUGAUUAAAAUCCACAUCAUUAUUGAUUUUUUGUCUCACCUGCAUAGCAGAGUGAGACUAUAGGCGCCGCUUUUCCGACGGCGGCGGCGACGGCGGCGGCGGCGUCAACACCAAAUCUUAACCUGAGGUUAAGUUUUUGAAAUGACAGCAUAACUUAGAAAGUAUAUGGACCUAGUUCAUGAAACUUGGCCAUAAGGUUAAUCAAGUAUUACUGAACAUCCUGCCUGAGUUUCAUGUCACAUGACCAAGGUCAAAGGUCAUUUAGGGUCAAUGAACUUAGACCAUGUUGGGGGAAUCAACAUCAAAAUCUUAACCUAAGGUUAAGUUUUUGAAAUGUCAUCAUAACUUAGAAAAUAUAUGGACCUAGUUCAUGAAACUUAUACAUAAGGUUAAUCAAGUAUCACUGAACAUCCUGCAUGAGUUUCACGUCACAUGACCAAGGUCAAAGGUCAUUUAGGGUCAAUGAACUUUGGCCAAAUUGGGGUAUUUGUUGAAUUACAGCCAUAAAUUUGAAAGUGUGUUGGUCUAGUUCAUAAAACUUGGACAUAAUAGUAAUCAAGUAUCACUGAACAUCCUGUGCGAGUUUCAGGUCACAUGAUCAAGGUCAAAGGUCAUGUAAGGUCAAAGAACUUUGGCCACGUUGGGGGUAUUUGUUGAAUUGCCAUCAUAUCUCUAUAAGUGUAUUGGUCUAGUUCAUAAAACGUGGAAAUAAGAGUAACCAAGUAUCACUGAACAUCUUGUGCGAGUUAUAGUAGUUUUCAAAAUCAGCACUGCUGCUAUAUUGAAUCGCGUGAUGCAGGUGAGACGGCCAGAGGCAUUCCACUUGUUUUUAUAAAGUGACUCAAAAGAUGAUAUUUGACAAGUAUUCAGACGUGGUUUUCCAUAUUUGAAAAUAUUAUUGAUUUAUACUAAAGAUGAAUUCAGCAUCAGCCAAAACUGACUUUACUUAAAAGAACAAAAUAAAACAAAACAAACACCACAGCCAAUACUAUUUUGAUAUGUGCUUGAAAAAAAACAAAUUUAGCUUACUGCCAUAUCAUUGAGGUUUCCAGCCAGGACCAAUUCCUAAUCUGUAAUACAUAGGAAGAACAGACUGUGAUCUGUUGUCUUUUUUAAAAGGGAAUCCAGCCUUGGUCAUAAAAUAUGUUGGAGAGGAGAAAAAUAAAUAAAACAGAAUGGUGAAAGUAUGAAAGAAAUCGGACGUGCAAAAAGAAAGUUAUAACUGCUUCAAAAAUUGAGAUCCGUAAUAUUAUGUAGAUUUCAAAUUGGCAACUGGGUAAGUAAAUUAUGACAAGGGGCCAGGACAACUUUCCCAUAGGCCAUGUACUUUAUUAUCAAGGAUUUGUAGUUUUCUUUGGAGUACCCAUUCCCCUGGGGUAGUAAUAUAUAAUAUAACCCAGGUGGUAUGUCAUUUUAUGUACUCGUGAAAGAAAAACAUAAUUUGGAGUAAAACUUUGGAAAAACUUGACAUUUUAGCAAUUUUAUGUAUUAGAGUACAUGGAAGAGUAUUCCUUGCCUUACAUCAUGACAUCACAUAUACUGCCAAUUUGAAGUCUCCAUAGACAUAGUGAUUACCAAUUUUUACAACUUGAAAAUUCAUAACUCUCUUAUUGUUUGUCCGAUAUUGUUCAAACUUUCUUCUAUCACCUUGUCUGAUUUUUCUCUUUCCUGUCAAAACAACUUUUUCUUUGGAUGGAUUCCCUUCUUUUUAAGGAACCUUCUGUAAGGCCACAGUUUUAUAUUUCGUAUCUAAAAAGAAGCUCCCCCCCCCCCACACACACACCCAAAAAGGGGAGAUAUUGUAAGCUGCUACACCCAGAUUACUUUGUGAUCAAAGUUCUAUCUUUAUAUUAUAAGAGUCUUUUCUGGAUGAAAUUUCAUUUUUCAUUUUGUAAUGAAAGUGCCUUACAUGUUUCAGUUUGUAUUACAUUUAAAUCCAUCUGCUGUGUCAUCACUUCAGACAAGUUUUUGAAAUAUACAGAAAGAUGAAUUAACUAUCAAAUAUAUACCACAAAACUUGCUUUAGUGACCACCUGCCCAGAACUGUUGGACAGUUGAUCAUAAUGUUAUAAUGUCUAUUAAUGAUCAUGUAUGUAAAGAUCACCUGCUUUUAAAGUUCAUAUUUUUGUGUCCCUUCUAGAGUGGUCUUUGUAUAUAUCGAUGCCGGAAAACAAACUUCGCAUAGGAGUGUGAAAACUGAUGACACAUACAUGUAUAACAAUGUAUCCAAUAAGAAAGUCUGUAUUUCACACUCUGUAGUAGCUUUUUUUAAAGGACAAGUCCACCCCAGCAGAGAGUUGAUUUGAAUAAAAGAGAAACGUCCAAUAAGCAUAACACUGAAAAUUUCAUUGAAAUUGGAUGUAAAAUAAGAAAGUUAUGACUUUUUAAAGUUUUGCUUAAUUUCACAAAACAGUUAUAUGCACAUCCUGGUUGAUAUGCAAAUGAGGGGACUGAUGACAUCACCCACUCGCUACUUCUUUUGUAUUUCAUUAUAUGAAAUAUGUUAAUUUUCUCCCCAUUGUAAUUUGAAACAAAGUUUUGUUCUUUCCUGGACAUGUGGAGUUGCAUCACCCACUCACUACUUCUUUUGUAUUUCAUUACAUAAAAUAUUUUAAUUUUCUCCCCAUUGUAAUUUGAAACAAAGUUUUAUUCUUUCCUGGACAUGUGGAGUUGCAUCGUUUUCACAUUUUAUGGUUCAGUUGGUCAUUAUUGUCAAAUUUGUGAAACUUGAAAUAUUGCAUAAUUCAAACAAUAAAAAGCAAAAUAAAUAGUGAGGAACAUUGUCUGUCUCAUUUGCAUAUCACUGAGAUGUGCAUAUAACUAUUUUCCGCAAAAUAAGCGAAACUUUAAAAUGCCAUAACUUUCUUAUUCUUCAUCCGAUUUUGCUGAAAUUUUCAGCGUUCUGCUUGUUUGAUUUUUCUCCAUUGAUUCAAAACACCGUUUUUCUGGGGUGAACUUGACCUUUAAAAAGAGCUAAAGACUCAGGAAUUACUUGAUAGUUUGUUUUGCAAUGAAACAGAAUUUCCCAAAAAUUUGAGAUACAAGAUCUUGUCAAUCCAGCAAUGUGGUGUGUUGUGAGAGGAUGAAGUGUACCUAAAUUUUACAUGUCAUUAGUUUUGAGCAUUUGGGAGGGGGUUGGCUGGUGAGCUGGCAUUUGUGUUCUAAGGCAUGUAAUUCCCUGGUCGAUGUUUGAAUUGUAGUGUUAAAAAAAUCCAAUAUUCUGCUAUUUAUUUCAUGCUUUAUAAACGGUAGCCAAGAAUAUGAUAAUGUGGAUUUAUAGUCUAUGUAGGAGGUUAAGAACGACUUAAGUUUGGCUGACAUGUUAUAUUUUAGCCCUUUUUUUGUUAAGUAAUGCAAAGAUAUGAAUAGCUUCAUGAAGCGAUCGAAUGAGAUGGAACAUUGAUAUAGUGUUUAAUUUCCAUGGGAGAGAGAGGGGGGGGGGACAGCCAUGCAGUGAGAAAAAUCUGAAGUGUAUUACAAUUGCAUGUACAUGUAUGGUAUAUAUGUAUUAUUCAUCUCCUUAGUCGUGAUACAUAAAAUUUACAAACGUAUUUAUAACUCAAAUUCUGGUGAGAUGUUUUUCCAAGUUCCAACUGCCUUGUUGAUGAAAAGAUAUUGUUGCUCUGUGUAUUAGUGAUUGUACAAAAUUUCCACAGGUGUAUACAUGUUUACCGGUAUACAUACAUUGUAUAUAUGCAUAUACAGUGCAUAUCAGAAUAAAGGUAAUCCAAUAUUAGAGGCUUAAUAUUUAUAUAGACUGUUGGUUAUUACAAUUUAAAUUUACCACCAUAUGAAAGCAACUUCUUAGUUUAUUAUUUGAUACCUUGAUGGCACCAUGUAUAAUUGAAGAAAUUAACCUGGAAAGUAGCUGGUACAGAUUCCAUUUUAAUAUGAAGCAACAGGAAAGAGGAAAAGCAAACUUUUUAGUCAUGCAUUCAUUAACAUAGUCUAUAAAGGGGCUAUUUAAAGUCACCAUGUCCAGUGACAGAAAUCAACCAGCUGGUGAGGUGUCAGUGAAAGUUUCAUUUCAAAAUCUUCAGAAUCAUAUUGAGCCAUGCAUGGUGUCAGAGGUACAACUAAUAUAUCUAAGGAAAGCUGAAGAUUUGCUCGUUCUUUGUAUGGUAAAUUUAAAUUUCAAUAUUCCAUAAUCUCUGCGUGCCUGUAGCCAGGGUGUUCAAAAGCAAGAAAAAAAAUAGAGGAAAAAUAGUUAUUCUUGGCCGGAAUGCCCAAUCAAGUUUUCUUUAUAACUUUUUUUUUGCUUGUCAAAUUUUUCAACCACAUUCAAACCCUGUCAGACUCUGUAUCCGUGCCUGGCACAAGUGGAAGAGAAAGAAUUGAACCUCUUGAUUGAAAACCCCGGCUAUGGGGCUUCUCUGAAUAUCAUCCCUCUUGAUUACUUUUUUACAUGCAGUAUAUAUAUAUUCCCUUCUGUACCAUUCGACUGAUUUAUUAUGCCUUUUCUGUAUGUUAAGAUAACAAAUAAAGAUAUUCUCAACUGA